ACGACUCGAUCGACUUCUUCCCUCCUGACUUCGAUCUAUCUACUUCACGGUUUUAAUCCUACCUUACCUUCUGUAUCCCAACAUGGUCCGUCUCGCCGUGAUUGGCAGCUUCGCGCUGUUCGCCUUGUUCCAAGGCGCCUACACCGCCCCGGCCGCGGAUGUCGAUGGCUCAGUAGCCGUCGGCGAGGGCUUUGUCCUCGAGGAGCGCGAGCCCGUCGAGCUCGCCACCAAGACGCACACAGCCAAGCAUCACCACACCACCAAAGCCGCCGUCGUCGGCGACGACUCGACGGAAGAGGACAAGAAGGGCAAGAAGUCCAAGAAGUCCAAGAAGACGAAGAAGUCGAAGAAGGGCAAGAAGACCAAGUCGACUGGCCUGCCGCUGACGAGCAUCCUUUCCACCGUCACCAAGGUCGUGCCGACGGUUGUCCCUACGAUUCUGGCGGAGGAGGCCUAGGCGACUGCCGCAGUCUCGGGAGGUGCUGGUGGUACCCGAUGGAGGGUUCCGGACAGGCGGGUGGAAUCGAUGGGUAAAGAUUGACAGGGACUAGCACGUACACAUCUUUGGGAACCCCAUUAGCUAGUCCUGUAGCUCGAAGAAUCGAGACUUCAUCCAGACAACGAGAGAGUUGACUCCACUUCGUCUGUCUCGCUUGGCGGCAAGGCUGCUUUUAAGGCAAACCGGGGCGAGCCCCAUCAACCCUAACCCUAAUUAAAC